AUGACUACCGUAUUGUUUGUUCCUGGAGCUUGGCUAGCCAGGGCCUUUUACGAGCCAUUUCUCCAAGCACUCACGGUCGCCGGCCACGAUGUUCGAUAUGCGAGUUACCCCUCGUUGGACCCCAAGGACCCCUGCACAACCGAUUGUCACGCCGACGCCAAGGCUAUUGCUGCCGUCCUCCAUCGCCUCGUGGAAGACGAGGGGAAAGAUGUCCUGCUUUUCCUACAUUCUUAUGCCGGCAUGCCCGGCGCCGCGGCAGCUACAGGACUAGCCAAGUCAGAGCGGGCGCAAGAGGGUAAAGUCGGGGGUGUCAUCGGAUUACUAUUUCUGGGCGCCUUCGUCGUGCCCGAAGGCCUCAGCUGCGCCGGUCUCCAGGGUGGAAAUUUACCCCCUUGGAUCCUACUGGAUCAACCUUCGACGAAUCUUAAUAUCGCAGACGACCCGAUCAAUAACUUCGCUGCCGAUGUCGAUCCUGCCCUAGCUCGGUCCUUGAUCGCAAAUCUCAAACCACAUGCAACAUUAUCGUUCACCUCGCCCCAGCCGCAUCCAGCAUGGGCAGACGAGUCGUUCGGUGGGCUUUUAGCGUUUAUUGUCACCACGAACGAUCGUGCCGUGCCAAAAGAGGCCCAAUUCGGGAUGAUGACUGCCACAGAGCAGCCGUGGGUCAUCAAAGAAAUCUUAUCAAGCCAUUGUGGGCCAUUCCUGAAUCGUGUUCAAGAAACAGUUGCAUUGACCCGAGAGAUCAUUGACCGAUUCUUGUGA